CUUGAUCGGCGACGCGCGCCCCUCCCCCACAUACACGCUCACGAGCACAAUCUGACGAAAAUUCAAAACGGCUCCUUUAUGUCAGUUCAGACCCAUCAGACGCUGUUCCACGCUCCAGAAGAGUGAAGGGGAUAGAGGGUGAGCAAAGGAAACUGAGAAAGGAAUCACCAUGACUGACUCUUCCACUAACAUGAGGCUACGACUGCCUCUGUUGUGCAUCAUCUUGGAGGUCAUUCUCAUUAUUCUCUUUGGAGCACUGGUGGAGUAUAACCAUGACACAGAUGCCAAGAAGUGGAAUGAAAAUGGAACCCAUAGUGCGCAUGAGUAUAAGAAUGAAUUCUACUAUCGCUAUCCCAGUUUCCAGGAUGUGCAUGUGAUGAUCUUUGUGGGCUUCGGUUUUCUGAUGACAUUUCUGCAGCGUUAUGGAUUCAGCAGUGUGGGAUUUAACUUCCUCAUCGCAGCCUUUUCCCUACAGUGGGCCACUCUUAUGCAGGGCUUUUUCCAUGGCAUGCAUCACGGCAAGAUCCAUGUUGGUGUGGAAAGUAUGAUUAAUGCAGACUUCUGCACUGGGUCAGUGCUGAUCUCUUUCGGGGCCCUUUUGGGAAAGACCAGUCCUGUGCAACUGCUUGUUAUGGCCGUUUUCGAAGUGACAUUGUUCGCUGUCAAUGAGUUCAUCCUACUCUCUCUCCUUGGGGCUAAUGAUGCUGGAGGUUCUAUGACCAUCCAUACAUUCGGCGCAUACUUUGGCCUAGUGGUGUCCCGUGUUCUGUACAGGCCAACCUUGGAAAAGAGCAAACACAGAAACUCAUCUGUCUACCACUCUGACCUCUUUGCAAUGAUCGGUACCAUCUAUCUGUGGAUGUACUGGCCCAGCUUCAACUCAGCCGUUACAAGAUAUGGGGAUCCCCAGCACAGAACUGCCAUGAACACCUAUUACUCUCUGGCUUCCUGCACACUGGCGACAUUCGCUUUCUCUUCCCUACUCAGCCAUGAUGGCAAAUUGGACAUGGUGCACAUCCAGAAUGCUGCUCUGGCAGGUGGUGUUGCUGUUGGAACAGCUGGCGAGAUGAUGCUGACUCCAGUUGGCUCUAUGAUCGUGGGAUUCCUGGCUGGAACGAUUUCAGUUCUGGGAUACAAAUACCUCACGCCGAUUUUGGAGAAGAAGCUAAAGAUCCAGGACACUUGUGGUGUUCAUAACCUGCAUGGAAUGCCAGGAGUUCUGGGAGCUGUGGUGGGUGCUGUCACUGCUUGCCUGGGAUCCAAGGAAGUUUAUGGAGAUGGAUUUAAAAAAGUGUUUUCUGAAAGUGAAUCUGCUAGUUGGAGCGCUUCAUAUCAGGGUGGCAUGCAGGCUCUCUCCCUGGCUAUCACACUCGGAAUGGCUCUGUUUGGUGGUCUUCUUACAGGAUUAAUUCUAAAGCUGCCAAUCUACGGUGCUCCUAAGGAUACUCACUGCUUUGAGGAUGGUCUUUACUGGGAGUUACCGGGCGAGGAGGAAGAUCACACUGAGCUCACCGAGGUUGCCACACAAAACGAAGUUGAAAAACUGAACAACUAAAUUACCAGUUUUCUUGUUCUUUUGGUGUUGUUUCAUGAUAUUAUACAUGUAUUAAAAAUUCUGUUAACUGUAAUGUUCUCUGCAGGUGCGAUUUAUUUUUCUGAUGCUCUUUAAAUAAACCCACAAAAUUUGUUCCAUUA